GGUGGGCGGGGCCUGUCGUUCCGAAUGUCGUCAUCAAAUUCAAAAUAAUUCACAGACAGUCAGGGAGCUGCUUGAUGUCGGUCUGAGGAGAGUCACUGAGAGCGCGAAACUCGGCUCGAGUCCGAGAAACUGCGGCCGUUGGAGCUCCCUGAGAGGCGGAGAGGAGCCGGGGCCCGAUCCAGGCCGGAGCCCGCGGGGAGGAGCCGGGGUUUGAUCCAGGCCGGAGCCCGCGGGGAGGAGCCGGGGUUUGUGGCCUGUACGGGGCAGAGAGACGCCUCGGGUUUGCCCCGGGUUGAUCCAGGCUCCCGGCCACAAUGUCCAUCUUCACUCCCACGAACCAGAUCCGCCUGACCAAUGUGGCGAUAGUGCGGAUGAAGAAAGCGGGGAAACGCUUUGAAAUCGCCUGCUACAAGAACAAGGUGAUGAGCUGGAGGAGCGGAGCUGAAAAGGAUCUUGAUGAAGUUCUUCAGACUCACACCGUAUUUACAAAUGUAUCAAAAGGACAGGUGGCAAAGAAAGAUGAUUGUAUUGCAGCAUUUCAGACAGAUGAUCUGACGGAAAUAUGUAAACAGAUUCUAGCGAAGGGUGAGUUGCAAGUAUCUGAUAAGGAACGACAUGCACAGCUUGAACAGAUGUUCAGAGAUAUAGCAACUAUAGUAGUAGAGAAGUGUGUCAACCCUGAAACUAAGAGACCUUACACCGUAAACCUGAUUGAGAGAGCCAUGAAGGAUAUCCACUAUUCUGUGAAAGCCAACAGGAGUACAAAACAGCAGGCACUUGAAGUUAUAAGAUUGCUAAAGGACAGUAUGAAGAUUGAACGUGCUCAAAUGAGACUCCGGCUCAGGCUCCCAGUAAAGGAUGGAAAGCGUCUUAAGGAAAAGCUGAAGCCAUUGAUUAAAGUGAUGGAAAGUGAAGAAUUUGCUGAAGAUUUAGAUAUUGUGUGUUUGAUUGAUCCUGGUUGCUUCAGAGAAAUUGAUGAACUAAUCCGACGUGAAACAAAGGGAAAGGCUUCCCUGGAAGUUCUCAGCUUAAAAGACGUGGAAGAAGGAGAUGAGAAACUUGAAUAAAUAUGAGAGCCCUACUCAUCCAAACUCAAUAAACUACUUAAGUCACA